AUGAACACCAACCACAAGCGCCAGAAUCGCUUCACACAGUUAAUGGACCGCCUGCCCCUGGGAGGGCUCAGUUCAAGCUCGGCCAAACUGGGCACACCGGUGGCGCCACAAACCCACAACCAGAACCAGUACCAGUACCAGAAUCACAGCCUGAAUCCGAGUCCGAAUCAGAAUCAAAAUCAAAAUCAAGCAUCAAUGUCCUCGUCGCUGAGCAGCCUGAAUCCCAGCAGUUCGCAGUUGGAGGUGACUUCUGCUGGCGACAAUCUUCGCCGCUCCGUGAGCUUUCUCAGCGAGGAGCUGUUCCUGGACGUGGAGACCGGCGAGGAGUUUCAUGAUCCGCACAGGUAG